AUGGCAUCGAAAACCAUUCUUAUCACCGCGGCUAGUGGAUCGAUUGGCAAGGCGACGAUUCAGGCGCUCGGCAAGUCACCCGACAACUUCACCGUGAAAGCAGGCGUGCGCGACCCCUCUAAAUCCGCUGACCUGGCCGCACUCGCUCCCAACGUGUCUCCGGUCGCUGCGGACCCGCUGAAAGUGGCGGAAAUCGCGGCAGCGCUUCAGGGAGUGGACUACGUGUUCGUGAUUGCUCCUGGUCACGCCGACCGUCAGAAGAUUUCUAUUGCCGCCAUUGACGCUGCUAAGGCUGCAGGCGUGAAGUUCAUCCUUGUCCUCUCAGUCUCCACUGCUGAACUUUCUGACACGAUUUUCGGCGGGCAGUUUUCGCCUGUAGAAGCACACGCAAAGGCGUCCGGUGUGCCGUUCACUAUAAUUCGUCUGCCGCUGUUCAUGGAAAAUAACUACGGAUUUGCUGACAGCAUCAAGGAUGCGAGCGCCAUCUAUUCGUCGUACGAGCCUGACAAGCCGUUCACUGCAGUUUCUGUGGACGAUGUGGGAGAAGCUGCGGCGAACAUCUUAGCUGAUCCAGAGGCUCAUAAGGGAAAGACGUACAACCUGACUGGACCAUCUGCAACAGCCACUGAUAUUGCACAGGCGUUUUCCAGUGCUCUCGGCAAAUCAAUCUCAUACAACUUUCAGAGAGACCGUGGUAAGGGAAAGGCGAAGGUAGAUGACGACGAGCCAUGGGAGGACCCUCCCUACGUCAAGUGGAUGAAGGAGCAGUGCGAGAACGGCAAUACGCGUGGUAAAAUAAAGCGGGAAGCAGCUCCUAGGCGGCACGGCGCCAGCCCGAGCUCAGCGCGUGGCGCCCACGCAGACAGCUCUGACGGCGGCGGUGACACCGACGUGAGCGAUGACGAUCUCGAGGAGAUCGUCUCCUCCAGCGGAUCCGAGGACGACUCCGAUAACUCAAACGCGAAGGACAGUAGCGACGAGGAGGAGUCCGACGCGGAUCCCGCAGCCUCGGAGGCUGGCCCAAGUACACGCAAGCGCAAACGUGACGCGAAAUCGAAGCGCCUGUGGAGCGAUGAGGAGCUUACUGCACUGGCCGCCGCUAAGUGGUACACCCGCGACGAUCUGAAGCAAAUGCGUGGGAAACAGGGCAAUCAAUAUUGGAAGAAGCUCCGCGCACACAUGAAAAAGAGCGGCGCAAAGUGGAAGCGCAACAGCACCGCCAUGCAACACGCAUGGAAGCGCAUUGAGGCAGAGUACCGCGACACUCUCCGCCACAACGGCACGUCAGGGAACAAGCCCAAGCGGAAGAAACCCUGGUUCGAGUAUGUUUACCUCAUUAAGAAGCUCCCUGCCAACGUUAAGCCGCACGUGUUGGAUGGUGGCGGAGCAGGAGAGACACACGCUGACCCUGUAGCACCUAUACGCGAUGACGCCGACAUGGGCGAGGGUGGAAUGCGUCCCCGUGUCAACGAGACCGCCACCAUGGCGGCAGCGAAAGUCAUCGCUGAUACAAUCACAACAUGCAAUGGUCAGGCGUUGCGGCAGCUAAGCGACACGGUGCAACUCCUCGUGACAGCCAUCCACAUGGCUGCCACGCUGUGGAGGGCUCCACCUCCACAACCCCAGAAUGUGGCGCCGCCACCGCACGCCAAUGCGCACGCCCUCACGGACACGCCGGGCGACGAAGACUCGCCCGCCUUAGGCGGAGAGGCCGGCGACGUUCCCCAGGAUGAGGACGAUGAGGCGCGCGAUGACAGGAAGUCAGACUAG